GCCCCGGAGAUGUUCGGGAUCCAGGACAACCUGCCCCGCGGGGCCACGGCCAGCAUGAAGGAGGAGCCGCUGGCCGUUCGCUCCUGGAUGCACUCGGCCGGCGUGGUGGACGCCAACACGGCCGCUCAGAGCGGGGUGGGGUUAGCCCGUGCUCACUUUGAGAAGCAGCCUCCGUCCAAUCUGAGGAAGUCCAACUUCUUCCACUUCGUGUUGGCGCUGUACGACCGGCAGGGUCAACCGGUGGAGAUCGAACGCACCACCUACGUCGACUUUGUGGAGAAAGAGAAGGAGCCGACUGGAGAGAAAACCAACAACGGGAUUCACUACAAGCUGCAGCUGCUCUACAGUAACGGAGUGAGAACGGAGCAGGAUCUCUAUGUCCGGCUGAUCGACUCCAUGACCAAACAGGCCAUCAUCUAUGAAGGUCAGGAUAAGAAUCCAGAGAUGUGCCGAGUUCUGCUGACACAUGAGAUCAUGUGCAGUCGCUGCUGCGAUAAGAAGAGCUGUGGAAACAGAAACGAGACGCCGUCAGACCCCGUCAUCAUCGACAGGUUCUUCCUGAAGUUCUUCCUAAAGUGUAACCAGAACUGUCUGAAAAACGCUGGAAACCCACGAGACAUGAGGAGGUUCCAGGUGGUGGUGUCUACGACAGUGAAUGUGGACGGCCAUGUUCUCGCCGUCUCCGACAACAUGUUCGUACACAACAACUCCAAACAUGGCCGCCGAGCCCGGAGACUGGACCCGUCUGAAGCAGCCACUCCCUGUAUUAAAGCCAUCAGUCCCAGUGAGGGCUGGACGACGGGGGGAGCGACCGUCAUCCUGAUUGGAGACAACUUCUUUGACGGCCUGCAGGUCGUCUUUGGCACCAUGCUGGUGUGGAGCGAGUUGAUCACCCCUCAUGCUAUCCGGGUCCAGACCCCUCCCCGUCACAUCCCUGGGGUCGUCGAGGUCACGCUGUCCUACAAGUCCAAACAGUUCUGUAAAGGAGCCCCAGGCCGUUUCGUUUACACAGCUUUAAAUGAACCCACUAUAGACUAUGGCUUCCAGAGGUUACAGAAGGUCAUUCCUCGUCACCCCGGAGACCCAGAGAGACUGCCCAAGGAGGUGCUGUUGAAGAGGGCAGCUGACCUGGUGGAGGCGCUCUACGGGAUGCCUCAUAACAACCAGGAGAUCAUCCUGAAGCGAGCGGCCGACAUCGCCGAAGCUCUCUACAGCGUUCCCAGGAACCACAACCAGAUCCCAUCGCUAGGCAACACUACCUCGCACGGCAUGAUGGGAGUUAACUCCUUCAGUGGACAGCUGGCCGUCAACGUCUCUGACACAACGCAAGUUGGUUACAGUCGUAACACGAGCAGCGUGUCGCCACGGGGAUACGUACCGAGCUCCACCCCCCAACAGAGUAACUAUGGUAACACUGUCAGCAACAGCAUGAACGGCUACGGCAACACCGGCAUGCCAAACCUCGGAGUGGCGACAUCACCUGGCUUCCUCAACGGGUCGUCUGCCAACUCUCCCUACGGCAGUAAGUAUCAAGUUGUUCCCUCCAGUCCGACCAUGGCGGUUUCUAACUGUAACUCCUCUCACGGAGUUUUCUCCUUCUCGGCGGCCGUCAAACAGAAGAGCGCCUUCGCUCCCGUCGUCCGGCCAACAGCUUCACCUCCCCCUCCACCAAACUGCUCCAACAACUCCAAUGGGCUGCAAGCCAUGUCCGGCCUCGUCGUUCCUCCGAUGUAAAGAAUCAUCCUCCUCGUUCCUCGUCUCUCUCCCCCCUCAGCUACGAGCACAAAUCACCUCAGAGGAGGAGGGGCAUGAGGCCUCAGGAGGCGGGGCCUCAGGCAGCAGCUGACUAAUCAGGACAGAGUAUUGAUCCUGUUCGUCACAGAUUAAAAAAAUAAACUGUCUCUGACUGGACGUAGUCUCCAGUCUCUAAAGAAGAAAAUAAAAAGGACUUUUUGUAAAGUAGUUUUCUCCGGGUGCUUUCAGCUCUCUGUAAUUAUUCUGAUGUUAUAGUCUGUGUUUGGGGGGUGGGGUCUGUUGGUGUUAAAACUGUGAUGUCACACCUGUGAUGUGACAUCAUUUCCUCUACUUGAGAUGUAAUUCUGGUUGAAGAAACAGAGAACAGAUCCAAAUCUGCUCUGAUGAUUGUGGACAUUAAAGGCUCCAAAUUACAGAAAAUGUAAAUCCUCCUUUGUUAUAAAACAAAAACUUUCCUCUCACCUGAUUGGUCACUGCCCUGCUGAAGUGGUGAAUACCUCAAUGUUCAUUAGGAAACUGAACUCUGUACAUCCGACUCAGUGAGGGAGGAGAAACAGGAAGCUUCCUGUUCAUGUUCUUUGUUUUGAUUUUGAAGGAAGUCAAUCAGAUUACAACAAAACCCACCAGAAAAAUACAGAACAAGAACUUCCCAACUUUGUUCCGUUUCCUUCUCUGCUACAAUGAAGAAGGAAGCUUCCUUGUUUGGGGGCAGAGAAAAUGGAGGCUUCCAGGUAGAAAAAAGUGAAGAAGGAAGAUCUAUACCUAGGAAGCAAGGACGACGGAAGCUUUCAGUAAGGGAACAUGGAAGGAGAAGCCUUCUUAUGUAGGGACACACUAAGAAUGAAACUUUCUAGUUAGGGAGCCAUUUUCUGUCAUCACUGCUAAGCUUGAUCCUGAUUGGUUCCUCUCACUGAGAAAUAAUUAAAAUCCAUCAAAUGAAACCUCUAGCUGGUUUACUUCUGCUGCUGUCAGCCAAUCAGAGCCCAGUAUUGUGACAACUUCGUCUGUACAUGAAUUCAGUUUAACUUGUUUUUAGCAGUUGAAUAUCAUGAAGAACGUGUUUCUGACCCGCAGUCAAUAAUAAUAAUAGUCAAUAAUAAUUUGGGGCCUUUUGUUGUUUUAAUAAACUCAACACAGAGUCUUCUGACCUCUGGAAGCACAAUGAAAAGAUCAACUAAAAGAAAGAGUAAUGAAUGAAAAUUAUCUUCCUCCCGUUAUUAGCCCCGCCCUUCUUUCUUUAGCCACGCCCCUGCCUGUAUGUGUUAAUUUAUUUUUAUCUGUUUUUCUUUUUUAUGCUCGCACUGUAAAAACAAAUCUUGCAUCCUCAUAGGCUAUCUGUGACUAUCUGUCUUCUUGUUCAAAGUUGUCUCAUUUAUUCUAGCUCCUCCUCCUCCUCAAGCCCCGAGCUCUUAAACCACGCCCAUUCACCCAAAACCCCGCCCCCUGUGUUUUCUCUGUGGGUUUUGUGAUUUUUGCCAAAGUUGUAGCUGGCUGAAUAUUUAUACGUCACUGUGGUUGAUCACGGCCCCCACCCCGUCACUCAGCUCACCGAGGGAAACUCUUUUGUAACAUACAGAUUAUAAAUAGUGUAUUUAUAUCUCAGAUUGUUUUUGUAUAAAUGGAUGUUGAGUCAUGUCGUCUUCAUGGGGUUUUAGACAUGUGUGUGUAUGUGGUGGUGCCACACUGAAAAACAAACCAUUGUUUUGUAUGAAAAAAAGAAAACUGAAUGUUAAUGUCUUCACACAUUUAUAGCGCUGUCAAUCAAAGCUGAUGUUUCCAUUCAGCUCCACUCAUUUUGGUUUUUGUUGUUUUUAAUGUAAAUCUUGUUUUAAUGACUGUUUGGCUGUACUGAAAUGAUUUCCUCACAGUGAAUAAAGUCAGCAGGUCGCUCUGA